GCAGCACCAAACUUGGCUAAUCGCGGUGAGUUUCAAUCGCAAGCGAUAGCUUUUGGUGCGGACAAUAUCCGCUUUGCUAGCCAAGCCCAAGGACCGUACCUCAGCAUAGCUCAAGGAGCGAGCUACCAAACUGCAGCCUAUGUACAGUGCACAUCUACCCUGCCCGACUCUCCAAUUUUGUUUAUGCGUUUUCUCAAUCCCUCCAACACCGUAGCCCAGGGUUGCGAGCAGCUUGCUUUGAUGCCAGAUAUUAUUGGGGAAAUCAUAGGGAUGCGCGAGCAGCCCAGCGGCAUACGGGUGGGGCAGAUGCGUGUGCCGAUUGGCGUUUUUGGCAUGAUUUACGAGAGCCGUCCUAAUGUCACGAUUGAAGCUGCCAGCCUUUCCAUCAAAAGCGGCAAUGCCUGUAUUUUGCGCGGCGGCUCUGAAGCAAUUGAAUCCAAUCAAGCACUAGCUGGUUUGGUUCGCCAAGCACUCUUAGAAAGCGGUUUACCAGAAGACGCCGUGCAACUUGUACCCAUCACUGAUCGCGCGGCUGUAAGUGCAUUGAUUACCAUGCCUGAAUAUGUUGAUGUGAUCAUCCCACGCGGUGGCAAAGGCUUGAUUGAGCGUGUCAGCAGUGAAGCCAAAGUUCCUGUAAUCAAACACCUCGACGGCAAUUGCCAUGUCUAUGUUGACGACCCAUGCGAUAUCGCCAUGGCCGUGAAAAUUGCUGACAAUGCCAAAACCCAAAAAUACAGCCCCUGCAAUGCGGCUGAAGGUCUUUUGGUCGCUCAAGGUGUUGCCGAAACAUUUCUGCCACAAAUUGCCGCCAUCUAUGCUUCCAAAGGCGUUGAAAUG